AUGGCAACCUACGAUUCCGACCACGAACUCGGCGACUCGUACUAUCACGCGACCAAUGAACCAUCCUCAUCCUCCUCCCGCAUCGCCCGUAUCUCCAGGCCCCUAAUCGACUCCGUCCGCAACAACUGGCAAUCCAGUCCAGCCUACCGCUCCCUCUCCUCCUCGCCUGAUAAUAACAAAAACUCCGGCUGCGUCCAGAUCGCCCUAUCCAUCAUCUCCGCCCCGCGCUUCCGCCGCUACGUCCUCGUAUAUCUCGUACUGUUCCUGCUCGGCUGGGCCGGGUGGGCGAUGGUCCUAUACCCUCGUCUCGAGGAGCGGGGAGCACUGCUGCGCGCACUGGAUCCUGCGUCUAAAGCGGAUGUUGGGGGGUGGUUUGGGAGUAACUCGCUUCCUCGAUUCGAUGACUUGACUCAUAUUCGUACCCUGGAUCCGUCGCUGGUGCCUGUAGCUCGGACUGAGGGUGAGUCGAGGGGAUCGAGGAGUGAGAAGCGUUUGGUCGUGGUCGGGGAUGUGCAUGGGUGUAAAGAAGAGUUGGACCGAUUGCUUAAAAAGAUCGAAUUCUCGACGACGGAUGGAGACCAUCUUAUUUUCACGGGCGAUAUAAUUAACAAGGGACCCGAUAGUGCUGGAGUUGUGGAUCUUGCCCGCGAGCUUGGAGCUUCGUGUGUGCGUGGUAAUCACGAGGACCGUAUUCUGCUUCUGCGACAUGAGAUGGUCACGAUGAAUACCCUUUUAACGGGCGAUGAGAAGAACGUCAAGCUACACGAACCCUCGGAGAAGGAAGCUAAAGAACGUGCGCUGGCCCGCUCGCUGACCGAUGAGCAAGCACGUUGGCUUGACGCUUGCCCGGUCAUCUUGAAUGUUGGCUUUAUCCCGGGCAUGGGCCAAGUAGUCGUUGUACAUGCCGGCCUGGUUCCAGGCGUGGAGCUCGAAAGGCAGGAUCCGUCGACGGUGAUGACGAUGCGAACCAUGGACCUCGACACGCACGUUCCCAGCGAGUCGAGCGAAGGUAUGAACUGGGCAAAGAUGUUUGAUAAGCACCAGUCCAUUCUCCUCUCGAGCCUCAAAUCUUCACAUGCAGACCCCCAUUCGCAAGUAAUGACCGUCAUCUACGGCCACGAUGCCAAAACUGGCCUCAAAAUCCGGACAUAUACCAAGGGUCUCGAUUCGGGUUGUGUGAAGGGCGGAAAAUUGACCGCUCUGGUCAUCGAGGGCGGUGGCAAGCAAAGCCUCGUGCAAGUAAGCUGCAAGCAAGACUACACCAAGGAUAGUAAGGAGAAGAAGGACAAAAAGGACAAGAAGGAUAAAAAGGCCAAGAAAGACAAAAACGACGAUUGA